UUGUGCCACGCGAUGUACCCACUUCCAUUUGCUGUUGUCCUGCUGCUGAUUUUUGCCUUCAACCGCGGGAUAAGUUGCCUGCAGUUGAGCAACUGCAAUAAAACCGAGGUGACCUUGAUACGGGACACGGAGUUCUUGACGUCACUCACUUUGAGCAACUGCAGCCUGCCGCAUCUGGAAAAUGCCUUCUUUGUGCGUUUCGAUCAUCUGCUCAAUCUGGAGCUGCAAUACAGUGGACUUAGUGAUUUGGAUGACUUCUCGCUUAAUGGCCUGAGCAAACUACAGUAUCUCUCACUCGGUCACAACAAUCUGAGCUCACUGAGAUCCUGGGCCAGUGAGCCCUUGGGAGCACUCACCUACCUGGAUUUGAGUCAUAAUAGAUUAGGCAAGUUACGGGCCAAGAGUUUUGAGCUAUAUCCCCAGGUGCAAACACUCGACCUGCAGAACAACAAGAUCAGCCAAAUCGAGGAGGAUUCCUUCAAUGGAUUAUCGCACUUAAAGCACUUGCACCUAAAUGAAAAUCAACUGCAGCAACUAGAUAAUCACUUCUUUCGCGGCCUCCAUCGCCUCUCCAGUCUGACACUUCAGCACAAUCUUAUCGAAAGCAUUGAGAUGAAGGCCUUCGAGAGCAAUACCCAUCUGCGAAGCCUGCGACUCGAUCAAAAUCUUCUGGCCAGUCUUCAGUUUCUCAGCCAACUCGGACUGGCCCGACUGGUUCACUUGAAUCUAUCUAAUAAUCUGGUGCCAAAACUUGAGCCACAGGGAUUCUCCAAAAGCUUUGAGCUCCAGGAUCUGGACUUGAGUUACAAUAACCUAAGCCAGCUUAAUAGGGAGGCUUUAUCGGGAUUGGACUCAUUGGAGCGUCUAAACAUAAGUCACAACAAUGUGGAAUCAAUUGAUACCGAAAGUCUGGAGACUCUUGUUGCUCUUCUUCAAAUUGAUGUGAGCUUCAAUCAACUCGUCACAUUGCCCGAUAAAUUAUUCCAAGCCAACACCCAGCUGAAGGAGAUUAUCCUGACUAACAACCAAAUAGGACAGUUAUCCCCUCAGAUGUUGCUCUAUCAAAAUCAUUUGAGAUAUAUUAAACUGGCCGGAAAUGCACUUGCGGAUGCUGAUUUCUUGCACAGACUUUCUCCGUCCGUCAACCGUCUUUCUCUCUAUGUGGAUCUUAGCUCAAAUCGUCUGAGGUCGGUCAAUCUCAGUAGUCUUCUUCAUUUUCGUUACCUCAAUUUGGCGGACAACAAGUGGAACUGCGAAUGGUUGGUCGCCAAUUUGGUGCGUAAACUGCCGUCUUCUGUGAACUUCGCACGUCCCUGGACGGUUAUUAAUGACUGGAGUGAAAAUACUACUAAUAUUGAGGGCGUGGACUGCACAGAGGGCGGAAGUAAUCGGUCUAUUAUAUUACUGGAUGUGAGUAAGGUUCCCCAAGAAAAGUCGGACAAUUGCAGUUGUGGACUACCUUAUGAUGAGACCAAUCCCUCGCCACCUCCUCUCACCUGGCCCAAGAUACCCACAGAUCGAUUUGAUUCGCGAUCAGUGAUCAUCUGGAUGCUGGUGGCCAUUGCAAUGGCCUUUGCAGGACUCCGAUGGUUGCGCAGAUUCGUGGAUCGCAAUGAGAAACGUAAACUCGGGAAUAAGGAGCUUAAUAAUGUGUACGUCAGCAAAGUUCAGUGGCAGCCCGUCAAAAGCGAUCCCGAGAGAUCGUAA